CGUUCCUCAAAGGUAGUUGCGACAAGAUGAAGUUGCAAAUUAUUGUAGCAAACUCAUUUGAACCAAGGCCCAUCUCAGUCUCGUUCCACAGAUAACAGAAGCCAUCUUUGGCUUUCAAAUCGAAAACAGUAAAAGAAAACAAUGAAAGUGCCAAUAUCGUAAAGAAUGUAUGAUGUUCUACAAGGAAUACUCAUGAGAUCCAUGCCGAAAUCAUUAUUGGCUCUUGACAUUCUGAAAUGAAGAAUGGAUAGCUAAAUUGUAUAAAAUAGUUUAGACAUUACCUCCAAAAACAUUUGAUAUUAUGGCCUGUAUUACAAAAGUUUGAAAAGUAUAAUUUAUUGCAAUAAGUGUUUUGCACGCAUAAAUAACCGAUGGACAAUAGUUAAAGUGUGAGAUAAUAAUAAAAUGUACCUGCUCCAUACGUUCAAACAAUAUCGAAACAAUUAGAAUAAUAUUUUAAAAAAAUUAAUAGACAGUCCAACAAUAACACUGUAUUUGUUUACUAACAAAAUGGAGUUACGAGGUAUGCUAAUAUGCAGAAAAUCGACAGCUGGAGAUAAGAGGUUUUCUGAAAAUAGGAUUGUAGCCCAUAGGGAUUGUUUAUUGUUAUGAUCUUUGGAAUGGUAAUAGAACACUUAACUGAGUAUAUAAUAGUGCCAAAAAACAAUUUUUGACAAAAAGUGGAGUUACGAGGUUUGCUAAUUAGACCGACGAUAUAAGUUUGUUUUUCAAUUUUUUUUUUUUUUUUGAUAUGCAAGUGCCGACGAUUGAAGAUGAAAGUUUUAUGAUUGAAAGGGUACCAAAUAAUUUUGAAAAUUUAAGUAAAACAGUUAAUAAGCCUCCAAGUAAAACAGGGUUGUGGUUUGUUGCAUUGACCGGAGGCGCAGCUGUCGGGCUGAGCGUCGUGAGUUUCCCGUUCGUGUUGCCGGCACUGCGCCGCGUGUGCCUGCCGUACGUGCCCGCCACAGCGGCCCAGGUGCGGAAUGUGUUGUCUGGGCUGUCCGGCCGGUCGGGAAGGCUGGUAGAUCUGGGCAGUGGGGACGGCAGGAUCGGAUCCGUGGGCGGGAACCCCCGGCAGGUGCUGGCAGCGGCGGAGGCAGGCUUCCGGGCGGACGGGGUGGAGCUGAACCCCUGGCUGGUGCUGUACUCGCGGCUCCAGGCGUGGCGACUGGGUCUCGGGCCCCGCGCCGCCUUCCUCCGCCGGGACCUGUGGCGGCUGCCGCUCGGCGCCUACCGCAACGUCGUCGUGUUCGGCGUGGAGGAAAUGAUGCCAAGGUUGCAGUCCAAACUUCAGGCUGAGCUUUGCGACGAUGCCCUCGUGAUUGCUUGCAGGUUUCCCUUUCCCUGCUCUUGGAAGCCAACGUCCGUGAUCGGUCAGGGAAUCGACACAGUGUGGGUUUACGCUAAGAGGAGACCGUAGUCGGACCGCGUGGAGCGAAGGUAGUCGGAAGUGAUGGCGACCAUAGAGCUGGACCCGCACUUCGUGCGAGCCAUACGGCUCAUGAACUCGACGACGGUGAGGGACGCGGACGAGCAGAUCAGGACGAUGCUGGAGGAGGCCGUAAAGCAGAAGUACGGCACGGCCAAGACGAUCGCCGUGAUAGAGAAGGAGAGCAUGGGGAAGAGGAAGGAGGAGGUGGUGGUGGUGGGGGAGUCUGGCCCGGAGAGCGGCCGGCCCUCCCCCGAGGUGGUGGACCUGGAAGACGACGAGUUCGGGCUGGGCAUACUGGAGGACGACCUGACGUGCGUGGUGUGCCACGGCAUGGGCGUGACGGCUCGCAACCAGCUGGUGGAGUGCGUGGAGUGCCACGCCCUGUACCACCAGGAGUGCCACAGCCCGCCCGUCACCGACAUGAACGACGCGCGCUCCGUGUGGUACUGCGCCGGCUGCGCCAAGGCCGUGGGCAAGCCCCCCGCCAGGGCCUCGCCCAAGUUCCUGGAGCGCCAGGACGCCGCCCCCUUCAAGCCGCCGAGCGGGCGGUCCACGCCCAACGCCACGCCCGCCGCCCUCCCCAAGAGCCCCGCCGGUGCGGGGGGCAGCAAGCUGGCCAAGCCGGCGCCGCCCAAGGUCAACAUAGUGAGCGUGGACAAGCGCCUGCAGGACAUGAAGAAGAAGGCAGCGGCCAAGCUGCACGAGAAGCGCAAGCACCCCAAGUAGCUUCUUCAGUAGCUUCUUCGCGCGUUCCGUCGCCCUCAGAGUUGUCCUUCCUUCUUCAUUCAUUCUGUCAUUGAGUCUUUGUUCAAGUCCAUGAGUGUGCUUAGCAAAGUUAAUUUGUAUGGAAAUUAUUCAUAAGCUCUCAUUCAAAUUAACAACAUAAAUUCAUUAGUCAUAAAGUUUGUUUGAUAUGAAGGAACAACAGGUUAUAAAAAAAAAAAAACACUUGAAAUAUGAAGUUACAGUAUUUAUGUGCUUAAUAAUACAUACAUUUAAUGUAGAAAUUUUAAAUCAGUUGACUUGAACUAAACUAGAAUGUUUCAAAUAUUGCUGUUAUAUGAAUAUGUAUGUAUUGUUCGAAGAGACCUUCUGAGUAACGAUCUGCAAAACAUAAUGUUCUGAACUAUAAUUAAAACUAUGAUUGUAGCAAUUGGCUACAUAAAUUUUGUUCCAAAAUAGGUACUGCUUGUCUGAGGUCUGUCACUUCAGGUUUUACUGCAUGUACUGGUGGGCAUUUGAACUUGAACGUAGGAAUGUACCAGUUAGCCAGUCCAUUUGAUUGAAAAAGGCUGGUGUUAAAGUGGUGUGUGUAACAAAUAGUUUACUUUUACUUCAAUGUAUUCACUUGGGAUAACUCAUGUGCGUACUUAUUUACUUUUAGUUAUUUUCAUGUUACUUCACUUAAUUUUGACAGACAUUGUGACCAACAAAAUAUUUGGUUAGCAUAUUAAUCUCUGCCUUUCGAAAAAAUGUAUCAGGUGAUGAGUUACAGUAUUCACAAGAAUUUAAGACGCAUCUUUAUAGACACCUGUAUUUUGUGGGAAAUCAGACAUUUUGUUAGACUGGCACUCUUGAGUCAAGUUUUGCCAAUUUUGUUUUAUUAUUGGCUAUGGUCUGUGAUUUUACGUUUGACAUGGCGUGUGAGAAUGUGGUUGCUUACUACUGAACAUCAAUGAUUCACAGUAAAAGUAAGGAAAAAGC